UUUAAAGUAUACCAUAUAGGUUUAUAUGAAUAUAUGAAUAUGAAACAGGAAAAUACAGACACAAAACCCAAAGAUUUGGAUUUAUGGAUGGUAAUUAUAAAAUUCUACUAUGAUAAUAAAGCCGAUAAAAAUUGUAAAAAAAAAGUACACCAUUAUGACGCAUGAUACGUCCAUGUGAAAUGUAUAAUAGUGAGUAUGGUGAAUGUACUUCAAUAUCAUCAAGAUUGCAUCAAUUAUUUAUUCAUGGAAGUACAGUAGAUUGCAACCAUUGGCAUGAAGAUUAUAUAAAUUGUUUAAAAUGGAAAAAUGACAAAAAUAUUCAAGCAGCUGAAACCUUGGUUAAUAGUGAAAAAUUAAAGAGAAACAAUCGAUGGAAAUCAUUCUAUGCAAAUAAUGUAUGGGAAAAUAGAACUAGUCCACCAGAAAACUGGAAUGAACCAUUACCAGAUUAUAUAGAAAAACGACGACCAAAUUCAACAUUAAAGGAUACAUUAGACGAGUAUAAUGCAGAAAUAGAUAAGAAAUCAUUUUGUUCAAUAAUGUGAAAUUUGUAUACAAAUCUUUUCUCAAGUUGGUUGAAGUUAUCAUGUUAUUUAGUAAUUAUGAAGUUUUUAUUUAGAAACUAAUUUUUGGAAAUAAAAUAGUAUUUUAUCAGUUA